CACCCAAAAAAGGGCACAACAGCAACCAGAUUGGUUUGCGAGACCAUCGCCUACUCCAACAGCUCUCCAAAGCGAAUCAACUACUCGUAACACUCGGAUCCGAAGCUCGGUACUCAGCAGGUUGAGGCCCUCGGUCCACUCAAGGUUAAGACCUUCGAUCCAUACGAGACUCGGGGUAGGUGAGUCAAGCAGAUCUGGCGAACGACCCGAGGUCAGUAGCCGAGAAAGAAGAAGAGACAGGAGGCAUGAUCGAACCCCUAGCCCCCAUCGUACGCCCGAACGUUCUAAUCACAGAACCUCGGCAAACGAAGGCAUCAGGGCUAGACUCGGGAAAAGAAUCAUGACUCCUACGUCAUCCCCUUUCUCGGACGAGCUGAUCAUGGAAGAAAUACCGAAGGUAAGACUGCCAGCUCACCUAACCUACAGCGGAAUCACAGAUCCGAGGGAUCAUGUCAUCUCCUACGAGCAGCAAAUGUUCUUGAGUCCCUACUCCGAAGCAUGCUGGUGUAAAUACUUCCCAACCACGCUAACCGGAGUGGCGGGAGAGUGGUUUAGAUCGCUGCCGAAGGGAUCGAUCAAGAGCUGGAAAAAGCUGAAAAAGAGAUUCUGCACACAGUUCGUGAGCAACAAUCGCCCCGAGCGAACCACAGCAGAACUGACCUCAAUCCAACAAGAAAGAGACGAAAGUCUGAGAGAAUUCAUGGCCAGAUUCAUGAAGGAAUCAACAAACAUACCAAACUUGCAGCCAGACGUGGCCAUCUUCGCCUUGAAGCACGCGCUCCAGGAAGGGAAGUUCCGUGACGAACUCUCAAUGAAGAACCCCUCCAGAAUAGCUGACGUGCUCCAAAUGGCUGAUGCGUUCAUCAGAACCGAGGAGUUCAACAAGGCCGCUGCAAGACUGAAAGGAUCGUCGGAUCCGAGAGACACAAAGAAUACCCAGAGCAAGCCCGAGGGUAGCUCAAGGAAGGGGAAAGAGAAAGUAGGAGCUAGAGAGAUGAGCCCGAAGAAAGACGGGAGAAGGGGUGAACUUCAACCCAAGUACACCAACUACACUCCACUAGCUCUGCCCCGAAAGGAGAUAUUCAGCCUCAACAGAAAUGACGAAAAGUGGAAACUACCUGGGAAGCUCAAGUCCAACCCAGCUCGGAGAAACAAGAACAAAUGGUGCGAGUUCCAUGAUGACUUCGGUCACCAUACCGAAGAAUGCAACUCGCUGAAAGACAACAUUGAGGACCUCGUUCGCCGAGGCUACCUGAAACAGUACUUGUUAGACCGAAGGGAGGAAAAAGAAAAGGCCGCAAGCGGCAAACAACACGAGCAACCCCAGAAAAGGGUCUACGAAGCAACAGGGCACAAGAAAAAUGACAUCCUAGUGGUGUUCGGGGGACAGAAGUCUGGCCAGGCCAGCAAAAAACACCUAAGAGCCCUCUCCCAUCGGGUCAACUUCAGGGCGGUGGGAGACAACCAGCCACACCCCCCGAACAUGACCUUCACUGCUGAUGAUUGCUUCGGAGUCCAGUACAAACAUGACGAUCCUCUGGUCAUCUCCAUGGACCUCAAUAACCACAACGUACAUCGAGUGUUAGUCGACGGAGGAAGUGCCGUCAAUAUCAUCUUCAGAAACUGCUUCGAGCAGCUGAUCCUCGAAGAGCCAGAGGAAGCACUGACGAAAGUCAGUUAUCCUCUGAUCGGAUUCAACGGAUCCGCAGCUAUCCCUCGAGGAAAGAUCACCCUGCCAGUCACAGUGGGCGAAGGCCAGGCAGCAAAAACCCUUCGGGACGAAUUUUUGGUGAUGGACUGCGACUCCGUAUACAACGUAAUCAUGGGGAGAACCAUGAUUCACAAGAUGCAAGCAGUCCCCUCCACAUACCACCAGCUGAUGAUAUACGUCUCGGAUGCAGGAUUCGCCGAACGAAUCAGAGGUGAUCAAGAAGUGGCGAGAAGAACCUGCCACACUGCUGUCCGAAAGCCCAAACUAGAGGACGGCCCCGAGGAAGAAAAAGGAGCUAAUGGAGAGGAAAGCGAGGCAAAAAGGAGAAGAGCAAGCACGAGCAGCUUGUCUCCCGCAGAAGUUGAUGCCCGCCCCGAAACCCUAUCUCCCGAACCAGAUCAAGAAAUGGAGGAUAUCUUCCUCGAAGAGGAUUCAGACAGGAGCGUCCGAAUAGGCAAGGGCCUAAGCUCGGGGCUCCGAAUCGAUUUGAUCCGAUUACUCAGGGAUCAUAAAGACAUCUUUGCAUGGUCAGCAGCAGAUAUGCCAGGGAUAAAUCCGAAGCUGAUUUGUCACAAGCUGGACGUCAACGCUGAAGCUCGGCCAGUCAAGCAAAAAAAGAGGAACUACUCCUCGGAGAAAAACAAAGCCAUCGCCGAGGAGGUGAAAAAGUUGCAGGAGGCCGGAUUCAUUGAACCAUGCAUGUAUCCGAAAUGGCUGGCCAACGUGGUGAUGGUCAAAAAAGCGAACGGCUCCUGGCGAAUGUGCGUAGAUUUCACAGACCUGAACCGAGCCUGCCCCAAAGACUGCUAUCCCCUGCCAAGGAUAGAUCAAUUGGUUGACUCCACCAGCGGCCAUGCACUGCUCAGCUUCAUGGAUGCCUUUUCAGGCUACCACCAAGUAUUCAUGCACCCCGAUGACAGAGCAAAGACAACGUUCAUCACAAGCGCAGGAGUGUUCAACUACAAAAUGAUGCCUUUCGGCUUGAAAAAUGCCGGAGCCACCUACCAGAGGCUAGUUGAUCACAUCUUCGCCGACCAGAAAGGGAGGAAUGUGGAGGUCUAUGUGGAUGACUCCAUCGUAAAAAGCAUCAAGGAGGAAGACCACGUCAAAGACCUGGCAGAGACCUUCGGAAAUCUGAGGAAAUACAGCAUGAAGCUGAACCCAAAAAAAUGCGUCUUCGGGGUGAAAUCAGGGAAAUUCCUCGGAUUCAUGGUGAGCGAAAGAGGAAUUGAUGCGAACCCAGACAAAGUCCAAGCGGCAUUGGAUUUACCCGAGCCGAAGACCAAGAGAGAUGUGCAGAGGCUAACCGGCAGGUUAGCCGCACUAACAAGGUUCAUAUCAAAAGCCUCGGACAAGGGAGCCCCCUUCUUCAAAGCACUGAAACCAAAGAACCUCCCCGGAGGAGAAGCAGAACCAGUCAAGAAAAAAGGGGUCCCGAGGAAAGUGGAUCCCGAACUGAUAUGGGCUUCCGAAUAUAGUCAUCCUUUUCCCGAAGUUUCAGCCGAAGGACAGGCACCUUAUCAGCUUGCUGCUGGAUCAGCUCCCGAUGCUGGACAAAAUGGUGGAGCCUUAACUCCGCCUCUUUAUGCUCCUUGUCGGCCGCUUCAAAUUUAG